AUGACUUUUCUAGAAAAUAGAGAGACAGAUGUUCAUCUUUCUCCCUAUCGUCCCUCUUCAUCUUUCUCCCUCUUCGAUUGUCCCUCUUCUUCUUCUCGUUUUGGGCCGCAACUAUUCAUCUCUCCUCCAGCGAACGAUGACGUAGCUCCACAGAUUUCUGAUGUCUGCGCUAGUAUCCUCAAGCUCAUGGACUUCAACCUAAUUCCCUCUGCCUCUUCCACUGAGUCGAAUGUCUUCUAUUUGAAGAUGAAGGGCGAUUAUCACCGUUACUUGCCUGAGUUCAAGGAUAUAGCAGUUGCCGAUCUUGCAUCUACACAUCCAAUUAGGUUGGGGCUAGCGCUCAAUUUCUCAGUGUUUUACUAUGAGAUUCUCAAUAAAUUUGAUAAAGCUUGCACCUUGGCCAACACAGGUACUUUCUUUCAACUCAAAUCAUAAUUUCACAUGUUUUCUUCGUUAGGCCACUGCGUAGAAUGUUAUGUGAUUAUUAAUAUAAUAU